CGCCUCCCGCCAGCCUCGGAUUCUGGGAGCCGGGCGCACCGCGGUUGUACCGGGUCAAAGGCGGGCGUCACAGGUGCCGGGCGCCCUACUUCCGAUCGCGAGCUCUGCACCGGCGUUAGCAAAGCCAGAGAUCCGGAGAUUGCAGCUGAGAUCAAGUUGGGAGAUAGACCCGUGGUUUUUCCCCCCAGGAGGAGCAACACAGAUAGGUGUGUCGUUGAAAAGGACUGAUGGCUUUGAGCCGGGGUUGGAAGUCUCCCAGAAGCCACUGCAUUCUGAAGGCUGUCGGAAGCACUGGUCUUCCCUUGUUAUCCUGGAGCCUCUGUCCCCAGAGAGGAGCUGGAAGCUUUACGAACCCUGACAUGAAAGCGUUCCUGGAGGAGAACACCCAAGUCACCAGCAAUGGCAGCCUCACUCCUGAAAUCCAGUUGCGGCUUUUGACGCCCCGCUGCAAGUUCUGGUGGGAAAGAGCUGACCUGUGGCCCUACAGCGAUCCUUACUGGGCAAUCUACUGGCCAGGAGGCCAGGCCCUGUCUAGGUAUCUCUUGGAUAAUCCCGAUGUUGUCAGAGGAAAAUCUGUAUUAGAUCUUGGGAGUGGAUGCGGGGCUACAGCUAUUGCCGCUAAGAUGAGUGGGGCGUCAAGGAUCCUGGCCAACGACAUAGACCCUAUUGCAGGGAUGGCUAUUACGCUGAAUUGUGAAUUGAACCAGCUGACUCCUUUUCCCAUUUUAACCCAAAACAUUUUGAACUCGGAACAAGGUAAAUGGGACCUUGUUGUUCUUGGAGAUAUGUUUUAUGAUGAACACCUUGCUGAUAGUCUUCACCGGUGGCUGAAGAAUUGUUUUUGGACCCACGGAACGCGAGUGCUUAUUGGUGACCCUGGGCGGCCCCAGUUCAGUGGACACAACAUUCAGCAUCAACUGCGCAAAGUGGUAGAAUAUACACUUCCGGAGCCUACAAGGCAGGAAAACAACGGACUGACAACAAGCACAGUGUGGGAUUUCCAGCCUUGAGCUGUCAGAGUGCUUUCAAGUAUGGUUACAGUUAUGUUUGGAUUUAACCCUAGAAGUUUUCUUUGGGGCCAGCAGGUAGUGUGGUGGUUAAGGCACUGGAUCUCACAUGGCCAACUCCUCCAAGGUUUGAA